AUGGGCAUGACAAGAGCGGGACGGUAUGCGAAUCACAAGGGUGGGAGAAAAUACGCUAAGGUGAAUGGCAAAAAGGGUGAGGGAGGAAAGGAGAAGAAAGUGCUAUUGGAGCAAGUAGAAGGCGACUGGGAGGGUAGACAGGAGAAGAGAGAGGCGAGUACGGUUUUCCGGGGGUAUUGGGAGAGGGCAAAGGCGCACCCAGAGUACGUCAGGUUAAAAGAAGAAUUCUUGAAGGGACAGAGGGAGCAAGAGGAGCCUAAACUGGCCGAUGAAGGGAGGGAUGGGAAGAGCACUGGGCAUGGGGAGAGAGGGCGGAAGAGGAAGAGGUUAUCCAAUGCCACCACAAUUACCUCUUCCUUUGCUUCCAGCUUGACCAGCCUCGCACGAGGGACAAAUACCAUGGCCAAUGCCCGCCUCAAUAUCUCUGCUCAUUAUGACAUCAGCAACGCCAUGUUCGCCGCGUUUCUCUCCGAAGACAUGACAUAUUCUUGCCCGAUAUGGGCACCUGAAUCAAGUCCAAAGUCACGAACAGAAAGCCUCGAAGAUGCUCAGCAUCGGAAACUGCAAUAUUUUAUCACUGCUGCUAAAAUAAAAAGCACGGAUCAUGUGCUAGAGAUCGGUACGGGUUGGGGUAGCUUCGCCAUCGAAGCAGUGAAAACGACUGGUUGUAGAGUAACAAGCUUGACACUGAGCCGAGAGCAGAAAGAGUUGGCCGAUAACCGCAUCGCCGCCGCAGGAUGCACAGAAAACGUGGAGGUACUGCUGUGUGACUACCGAGCGUUGCCAAUGCCGAAAGAAGGACCAUAUGACAAAGUAGUGAGCAUUGAAAUGCUAGAGGCUGUCGGACGAGAGUACCUUAAGACGUACUUCAAUUGCAUUCACAAACUGCUCAAGCCAGAAGGAGGUAUAGGUGUCUUCCAGUGCAUCACAAUGCCUGAAGCCAGGUAUGAAGCAUACGCAAAAGGCGAAGAUUUUAUCCGGAAGUACAUUUUCCCUGGUGGUCAUUUACCGACUGUAAGUCAAUUGAUCGGAAACAUUGAGCAAGGCUCAGAAGGGGCUUUGAUUGUUGAUUCAGUGUUCAACAUCGGUGGACACUAUGCGAAAACAUUAAGGUUGUGGAAGGAAAAAUUCGAGCGUAAUUUCGACAGCAAAAUUCGACCUGCACUCUUAUCAGAGCACGAAGGGAUGAAAAGCAAUGAUGUCGAGCUCUUCCGGCGCAAAUGGCAGGCAAGUCUUCCUUGUCGUUUAACUGAAAGGAGGAACUAA